AUGAGUGAUCCCAACCUUCAAUCAACGGUAACCCCAACCCAAUUUAUUAAAACAUGGCGUCUAAUUUUUAAUGAUUUAAGUUCUCCCAAUAAAUUAGUCCAACUUCUCAUAUUAAUGGCAACCACUCAUAUCCUAUUUCUAAGUGAUUAUACGAAAAACAAAUUAUCCACCGUUGAUAUAACUACCAUAAUUGUUACCUUUGUGACUUUUAUUGCAGCAUAUAUGUAUUCAUUAAGGAAACAAAGCAAUCAAAUUUCCAACUAUAAAAAUUAUAACGAAGGUUACUAUUAUUAUCACUUAACUAAUCAUAAAAAUGGGGUCUUUGAUGUUUUUUAUCUGAUUUUUUUGCCAUUAAGUUUUUCUCUAUUGUACAGUAGUGAUACUACUACUUCCAAAAUGCUAAUACUAAAUUGUUGUUUGCUUUUCAACUAUUUAAGAAUCCCCGUUUUCACUAAAAUUCCAUUACAAUCCAUUUUCGGGUACCUUAUUCUUUCUUCCUACUACAGUAAUCAUGACGUUGCAGUCCCAGAACUUUCUCAUUUGUUCAUAGUCUAUUGUUGCAUAAUAAAUUAUAUGAUUUGUUGGAUACUGGUUAAAGUCUCCCAAUUAAAAAGUUUCACCUUGAUUGAAUGUAAUUUAUUUUCUAUUUUAUUAACCAAUGUGUUAUUCAUUGUUGAUUUUUCCUCCACUUCAUUACCGUUCCAAAUUUUGCAAAAAUCAUUAAUUGCUCUUUUUAUCAUCAUGUUGGCAAAUUUUAUAAUCGAUCCCCUUUUCACCAAACCACAGUCUAUGACUAGAUCGGGUUUAUUAUUGUCCAAUAUUUUAGUUGGCUUCCCAAUCUUAAUCAAUUAUUUAUUAACCCCUAUUUUCCACAGCAGUAAUUACACACCAAUCAUAUGGUUAUACAACUACAUUAUGCAAUCUUCUACAAGGCUAGUUAUAUUAUGUGUGUGGUUAUCCUGUUUACUAAUCUUAAUUCCAAAUAUUGUGAUUUUUUGUCAAAACGGAGUCUCUUUAAACACAUCGAGAAAAGUCUGGCAUUUUCUGAUUUUGCUAUUAAUCUCGAUUCCCUUUAAGUAUGACCCUGAUUUUGUUAAAAUUUCCCUUGCUGGGACAAUCCCGUUGUUUUUAAUCGUGGAAUAUAUUAGAUUUUUGCAAAUUUGGCCGAUUGGAUCCAUGUUGGAUAUGAAACUUAGGUCCUUUGCUGAUUUUAGAGAUAACCAGGGCCCAAUAAUCAUCUCUUACAUUUAUUUAAUCAUAGGUUGCGCGUUACCUUUACUAAUUGAUAACCAAUUGUGGGGUGUUAUAUCUUUGGGUGUUGGUGAUUCUUUUGCAUCUAUUAUUGGCGGAAGAUACGGCAAAAUUUUUUGGUAUGGUACAAAGAAAACUUUUGAAGGCACGCUUGCAUUUAUAUUACUAACUUUUGUUACUUCUAUUGUUUUAUUUAUUUUUUAUACCUCCACUCAAAAUAAUAGGGACAUUGGUCUCACAUGGGACCUGGCUUCUCGUUAUUUGUUAAAUUGUUUUGUUUCUGGAAUAUUAGAAGCCAAUAGCGAUAUGAACGAUAAUAUAUUGGUGCCGGCCUUCAUGUUAGUACUAUCUAAACUAAUGCACAUUUAA